AUGGCCUCGGUCGCCGCGGCGGCGGCCAGACGGAGCCUCGGGCGGGCGCCCCCGCUGCUCCUCCGGCGCGGCUACCAGACGGAGAGGGGCGUCUACGGCUACCGGCCGCGGAGGACCGAGCGCCGGGAACCCCUGGGUGCCCGCGCGCACCCGCCAGUUGAUCAUGGACUUGCCAGGUUGGUGACAGUAUAUUGUGAACAUGGUCAUAAAGCUGCCAAAAUCAACCCCCUCUUCACUGGACAAGCCCUGCAGGAGGAUGUGCCUGAAAUCCAAGCUCUUGUGCAGACCCUGCAGGGACCCUUUAAUACCACAGGAUUAUUGGACAUGGGGAAGGACGAGGCCUCCCUUGAGGAAGUAUUAGCCUAUCUCAACCAAAUCUACUGUGGACAGAUGUCCAUUGAAACCUCCCAACUUCAGAGACAGGAGGAGAAAGACUGGUUUGCAAGGCGGUUUGAGGAGCUGAAAAAGGAGACGUUUACUACAGAAGAGAAAAAACAUCUGUCCAAGCUAAUGCUAGAAUCUCAGGAAUUUGACCACUUUUUGGCCACCAAGUUUGCCACAGUGAAGCGAUACGGAGGCGAAGGAGCCGAAAGCAUGAUGGGCUUUUUCCAUGAGUUGCUGAAAAUGUCAGCCUACAGUGGGAUCACUGAUGUCAUCAUUGGGAUGCCCCAUAGGGGGAGACUUAAUUUAUUGACAGGCCUUCUGCAGUCCCCUCCAGAGCUGAUGUUUCGCAAAAUGCGAGGCUUAAGUGAAUUUCCGGAAAAUGUACCAGCCACUGGAGAUGUCCUGUCUCACCUGACCUCCUCAGUUGACCUGGACUUUGGUGCACACCAUCCCCUGCAUGUGACGAUGCUGCCUAACCCCUCACACCUGGAAGCUGUUAACCCCGUGGCUGUCGGGAAGACUCGGGGAAGGCAGCAGUCUAGACAGGAUGGGGACUACUCUCCGGACGCUUCAGCUCAGCCUGGGGACAAAGUCAUUUGCUUGCAGGUUCACGGUGAUGCUUCUUUCUGUGGUCAAGGGAUUGUCCCUGAAACAUUUACACUCUCUAAUCUCCCACAUUUCAGAAUUGGUGGAAGUGUCCACCUGAUUGUCAAUAACCAGCUGGGUUACACCACUCCGGCAGAAAGAGGAAGGUCUUCCUUAUACUGCAGCGAUAUUGGGAAGCUCGUGGGCUGUGCCAUCAUCCAUGUCAAUGGAGAUAGCCCAGAGGAAGUGGUCCGUGCCACUCGACUGGCUUUUGAAUACCAGCGGCAAUUCCGGAAAGAUGUGAUUGUUGAUUUGUUGUGCUACAGGCAGUGGGGCCACAACGAGCUGGAUGAGCCUUUCUUCACCAACCCAGUCAUGUACAAAAUCAUCAGAGCCCGGAAGAGCAUUCCAGACACUUAUGCAGAGCACCUUAUUGCCAAUGGACUCAUGACCCAGGAGGAGGUGUCAGAAAUCAAGGCCUCCUACUAUGCAAAGUUAAAUGACCAUUUAAAUAACCUGGCCCACUAUAGCCCCCCUGCCACUCACCUGCAGGCCCACUGGCAGGGCCUGGCUCAGCCAGAAGCUUGCAUUACCACCUGGAACACAGGUGUGCCCGUAGACCUCCUUCGGUUUAUUGGCGGCAAGUCUGUGGAGGUGCCGGAGGAACUCCAGAUGCACAGUCACCUUCUGAAGAUGUAUGUUCAGUCUAGGCUGGAGAAGGUGAUGGAUGGAACCAAGUUAGACUGGGCCACAGCAGAAGCUCUUGCCUUAGGCUCAUUGCUUGCUGAAGGUUAUAAUGUCCGUCUGAGUGGCCAAGAUGUUGGCCGAGGAACGUUUAGUCAGAGACAUGCAAUGGUUGUUUGCCAGAAGACUGAUGACACCUACAUCCCUCUGAACCAUAUGGACCCUCAUCAGAAGGGGUUUCUAGAGGUCAGCAACAGCCCAUUGUCAGAGGAGGCUGUCCUGGGAUUUGAGUAUGGGAUGAGCAUUGAGAGCCCUAAGUUACUGCCCAUCUGGGAGGCUCAGUUUGGCGAUUUCUUCAAUGGUGCCCAGAUCAUCUUCGACACGUUCAUCUCUGGAGGAGAGGCCAAGUGGCUCCUGCAGAGCGGCAUUGUGAUUCUCCUGCCCCACGGGUACGACGGGGCUGGACCUGACCACUCCUCUUGUCGCAUAGAGCGUUUCUUGCAGAUGUGUGACAGCGCAGAGGAGGGGGUGGACGGGGACACUGUGAACAUGUUUGUGGUGAACCCCACGACUCCUGCUCAGUAUUUCCAUUUGCUCAGGAGACAAAUGGUCCGGAACUUCAGAAAACCCCUCAUUGUUGCUUCUCCAAAGAUGUUACUCAGGUUCCCCGCAGCUGUAUCAACUCUUCAAGAAAUGGCACCAGGAACAACAUUCACACCGGUCAUUGGUGAUUCAUCUGUGGACCCAAAAAAUGUUAAGAGUCUAGUGUUCUGCUCUGGAAAACACUUCUAUGCCCUGCUGAAGCAAAGAGAAUCUUUGGGGGCCAAAAAACAUGCAUUUGCCAUUAUCCGAAUAGAGGAACUCUGCCCGUUCCCAUUGGACUCAUUACAACUGGAGAUGAGCAAAUACAAACAUGUUAAAGAUUUUAUUUGGAGUCAGGAGGAGCCCCAGAACAUGGGUCCGUGGUGUUUUGUUUCUCCAAGAUUUGAAAAGCAGCUGGCCUGCAAGCUCCGCCUUGUGAGCCGACCACCUUUGCCAACACCUGCUGUAGGAAUUGGCACCGUGCACCUGCAGCAGCAUGAAGAUAUCCUCACCAAGACCUUUGCUCAAUGA